CAUAUCGACGAGUAGCAUAACUCGGCAGAACACUAGUGGCUACGAGAACGAACGGGCUGUGCUGAAGAAGAAGGAGAGACGAGGAGGAAAAUCGGUGUGAUCUUGUUUCACGUAAAUCAGCGAACAGCAACCAUGAACGACAACGAGAAGCUAGACAACCAGAGGCUGAAGAAUUUUAAGAAUAAAGGCCGGGAUUUGGAGACUAUGAGAAGACAGCGAACAGAGGUGGUGGUUGAACUGAGAAAGAAUAAACGAGACGAACAUCUCCUGAAAAGGAGAAACGUGCCACAUGAGGAUAUUUGCGACGACUCUGAUGUUGAUGGAGACUUCAGAACGCAAAACACCUCUUUGGAAGCAAUAGUUCAGAACGCUACCAGUGACAACCAGGGCAUUCAGCUGAGUGCAGUGCAGGCCGCCAGGAAACUGCUGUCAAGUGACCGCAACCCUCCGAUAGAUGAUUUGAUAAAGUCUGGAAUUCUGCCCAUUCUUGUGCACUGCCUGGAUAGAGAUGACAAUCCAUCUCUCCAGUUUGAGGCAGCUUGGGCUUUGACCAACAUUGCUUCAGGAACCUCUGAGCAGACACAGGCCGUGGUGCAGUCCAAUGCAGUUCCUCUGUUCCUAAGGCUGCUCCACUCUCCCCAUCAGAAUGUGUGUGAACAAGCUGUCUGGGCACUGGGAAAUAUCAUUGGUGAUGGACCGCAGUGCAGAGACUACGUGAUCAGCCUCGGCGUGGUGAAACCAUUGCUGUCCUUCAUCAGCCCCUCCAUCCCCAUCACCUUCCUGCGCAAUGUCACCUGGGUCAUGGUUAACCUCUGCCGCCACAAGGACCCCCCUCCACCCAUGGAGACCAUCCAGGAGAUUCUGCCAGCCCUGUGUGUCCUGAUCCAUCACACGGAUGUGAAUAUCCUGGUCGACACGGUGUGGGCUCUGUCUUACCUGACGGAUGCUGGAAACGAGCAAAUCCAGAUGGUUAUCGACUCCGGCAUCGUCCCUCACCUGGUUCCCCUUCUCAGCCACCAGGAGGUUAAAGUUCAGACGGCGGCACUGCGAGCGGUGGGGAACAUCGUGACUGGCACGGAUGAACAGACCCAGGUGGUGCUGAACUGCGAUGCCCUGGGCCACUUCCCGGCCCUCCUCACACACCCCAAGGAGAAAAUCAACAAGGAGGCAGUAUGGUUCCUGUCUAACAUCACAGCCGGGAACCAGCAGCAGGUUCAGGCAGUCAUUGAUGCCAACCUGGUGCCCAUGAUCAUUCUUCUGCUUGACAAGGGAGAUUUUGGCACUCAGAAAGAAGCAGCCUGGGCCAUCAGCAAUCUCACAAUAAGUGGCAGAAAAGAUCAGGUGGCCUACCUGAUCCAGCAGCAGGUCAUUCCUCCCUUCUGCAAUCUGUUGACUGUGAAGGAUGCUCAAGUGGUGCAGGUUGUCCUGGAUGGACUGAGCAAUAUUCUCAAAAUGGCUGAUGAUGAGGCAGAGACCAUUGCCAACCUGAUUGAAGAAUGUGGAGGCUUGGAGAAAAUCGAACAACUGCAGAAUCAUGAAAAUGAGGACAUCUACAAACUGGCUUACGAAAUUAUUGAUCAGUUCUUCUCAUCUGAUGACAUCGAUGAAGACUCGAGUCUGGUUCCAGAGGCCAUCCAAGGCGGAACAUACGGAUUCAAUUCGUCAGCCAACGUGCCAGCAGAGGGGUUCCAAUUCUAGAAGGGCGGUGUGAGAAAUCCAGAGUUUUGUUUGUGAUGCAGCACUCUGUUCAACAUAUACAAAAAAAAUAAUUAGGAGAGAAAGAGAGAAGCGCGCGAGAGAGUGUGAGAAAUUAGAUCCAUUGUGCUUGGCUCAUGGGAUCCAUGGCUGCAUCUUAAUCCAAGAGAAAUUGUGUGGAUUUCGUUUGGCAAUCCUGAAGGAUCCAGUCCAAAUGAAGUUUGUGAUGGCGAGUGGGUGCGAGUGAGAGUGAGUGGCUACUAUAUGUUGCAAAACACGACCAUCUUACACUGAAUGCGUUCAGAGAACAUUUCGUGGAACUUCACAAAACAUCGGAACGUGUCUACUUAAAAACGACGAGAAAAGCAAGCAAGUGAGCUCAACAAGCUAAAUGAAAACCAAACGAUGUCCAACCACACGGAGGGAAGUAUCCGGGACAUUGUAACCUAGCAAUUGGAGGAAAAGACACAAACAGAUGCGAAACCUCUAAAUAUGAAAAUACAAACACAACAAAAAACAAAGACGAACCAUAUCACAUUUGAGCGGUUCCGAGGAAUGGGAGGAGUCUUCUACGGCCAGCCCCUCUCCCUGCAUUGGGCCACGCUUCGAGAGGUGUGUGUGAGUGGGCCGUAUGGCGUAUGAAUGUCUGGACUCAGUGCCGAGGAGGCAGAGCUCAUCUCCUCCGGACUGAGGGAAUCUUUAACUUUUGGCGCACCGGGCCUUGCGGAUCUCCACACUGUCCGCCGGGCAUCAGACUGUGCGCUACGUGUGCAAGUGAAAGGACGAAUGGGUGUGUAUGGUUGGGUGCGUGUUGUGUGGGUUGGGGAGAAGAGGAGAAAAAAGAAAAUAAUAAAACAAAACCGUGUGACUGACUGGAUUGUGUGCGCGAUGCGAAGACUGAAUGUGGACGCAUGCGGAGAGAGUCACCAUCGGAAUACCGAAACUGAAAGCAACGAUCGGCAAAGUAACAAAUUUUGGAAAUUCAAAAGAAGGAAAGGAAGGGUGGGAAUGAAUAACAGCCUGUAAAAAGAAAAAGGCUGAUCUGAUCUAAUGAUUAAAAAAAAUCUUCACUAAGAAUAACAACCAACAGUGAUCUGAAGAAGACAACUUUCUUUUGUUUUGGAUUUUGUGGCGGGUUUUUGUUUAGAAUCAACGACACUGGACUUGAGCUGUUGGGUGGAGAAACUGAGGGCCAUCGUGUAUUUAACAAAAAAAAAAAACUAAAAAUAUGAGAUGUAAACAAGAGAUGCGCUCUGUAGCUUCUGGGAUUUGCUUUUAGUCUCCAGUGUUUUACUUUUUAUUUUAGCUUCAGGUUAUAUUUUCAUUGCUUGCAUAGAACUGAGCGAUUUAACCCACACCCCUCCCCCUUUACACACCACUGUAGUUUUAUUGUUAUUUGUAUUUGAGAAUAGUUUUUUUUUUUUUGAUGCUGUUCAUUAGCUUCCCCAAUCAGAUAAUCUUUGCAUGAUCAUUUGUUUUAUCUUUCCUUUGUUUUGUUUUUUUUCUUCACUUUUCUUUCUUCAUUAAGCUUCUGCGCUGUUACCAUAGCUGUGAGCUUACAGAUCAUUACAUGGGGCUGAAAAAAAAAAAACUAAACAAAAACAAUAAACCGAGCAAAUAAAAAAAGGCCACUUGCAGAACCUCACGAAAUCUUUGCAUGUGCCGAACUACAGCAUAGUUUUAGGGGGUUUUAGUUUUGUUAAGUAUGUGUACACAAAUUGUAUUGUCUUUUUUUUUUAUUUGUCUUUUUUCUUUUUAUUAAUUCUUAGUGAACUGCUGUUCAAAUGUUACAUGUCUUUACCUCCUUUUUCCCUGAACUCCUUUCUUCUGAACUACUUACACACCUGCCUGGUCGGGAGAUUAGUCAUUUUUAAAACUUGUUUCGUGGUCAUGCGCGUGCACACACCGCGAACAGAGCCUGAAGUCAUACAGUGGGACAAGAAUUUAUAUAAAGGACAUGCCAGCACCAUCAACUAACAAACUAUAUGCAUAAAAUGAAUACAAUCUGGGUUCUUUUCUUUCUUUUUUUUUUUUUAAUUAUGAUUUUAUUUUAUUUUUCAUUGAUGGGGGACAUCUAUGUAGAUAAGAGUCAUUAAUUAAUGUUGAGCCACAUUAGGGGAGUACAAGUCUUCACAGUAGUUUCAAUGAUUUGAAAUAAAAUGACCUGCCUCUUAUUUUGGGGUGUUCCUAUUAUUGGGAGAGAUGUUUUUCAUAGUGUGAUAAUCCAGCUCCCUCAAGUCUCUGGUGGCUCGCAGACUGUUGUGCGGUGCCUUCUUUCUAGAGCACAAGAAAAUGAAAAAAUAAAACUCAAGAAAAGGGGAAAAAGAAAAAAAAAAAAAGAUGCAUGAACAAAAGUGCUGUUCUCGAGUACAUCCUAUUGUCCUUAUUCCCUUAGAGCCCUUUUUACUUUUCUUUUUGUGUUGAACUUUCAGAAUACUGUAGAGAUGGAUUACUCUUUGUGGUCAUAACCUUCUGUUGGACAUAGGGUCUAUUUACAGCAUUCCUUGUUAGCGGAGAUGUGGUUUCAAAGAAGACUGGGGCAAAAACAUUGGAAUUAGAUGGUAUGCUUAACCUGUUGAUCAUAGACUACGGGCUAAGUUUCUUCAAUGAAAUAAAUAUUGAAACCAUA